GGCAGCAGCUGCAUCGGCGGCGAAGGCGGCUCCGUAAAAAGCAAAGCGCGCCCGGCUCGGCUCGGUUCAGCUCAGCUCAGCAUCUGGAUGGGGCCGCUGUUGCUUUUACCGCCGCUGCUGCUGCUGCUGCUGCUCUCGGCCGUGGCGCCUCUGCGCGCCGUGCAAAUCGACCGGAGCCGCUUGCAGUGGCUGGCCCGCGGGAAGGUGGAGAGCUGCGGAGGAUGACGUUUGAACCGCCUGCCAGAGGUCAAGGCCUUUAUCAACGAAGACCUGCCUUUGUACCACAACAUGUAUCUGAAGUACCUGGCCGGAGCGGAUCCGGAACUCAUCCUACUCAACAUUCAGUUUGAAGAGCUUCAGAGAAUCCCCUUGAGUGACAUGACCCGGGACGAGAUCAACCAACUGAUGCAAGAAUUGGGAUUCUACCGGAAAGAAACGCCAGAUUCUCCUGUUCCCGAAGCCUUCCAGAUGGCGCCUGCCAAUUCGCUGCCACCGGAUGUGGAAGCCAUGAAGAGUAGGCGUGGGAAGGAGAAAAAGGGGGCCGGGGGUUCAGACCUAUAGAAGUCAAUGUGCCGUGUUGGUGUUUGUGAAGGGGUGUCUCUUGGGAAGAAGGGGAAAUCUCGGGGCGUUCAAAAUAUCUAGAUAAUCUGUGUAAGAUCUCUUGAGGUUCAGUCAUGGUUGAACUGCGCUUCCAGAGAAAUUAAUAUCCAAAGAUGGAAAAGGCUGCAAACUGUACUUUUUAAGGGGAAGAACGUGCUCCCAUCAGAAAGAGAAACGUGCAAAAUAAAAAGACAGCCACACACAUACGCCAUCCAUCCCAGGCCUGGUACAGACAGCCCUUAAUUUACGACCACAGUGGAGACUUGGAAAAAACCGUGGGAAGGAUGCAAAUGGGGGAGACCGUGCGAACUUGAGGGACGCCGACUCUUGUUAAGUCGCCAACCGCCACCACACAUCGCUAGGAUGGUUACGCAAGUUGGGUUUUUUUUCCAGCGCCACUGAAACAAACGGUCAUAAGUCAAGGACAGCCUGUAACACACACAGAGAGGUUCUCUUUUAACAAGAUUGACCGGACGAAGCCUCGAGUGAUUCUGCCCUUCAUUCCCAAGACUGGCAUUCUUGCACCAGGCACCGCCAGGAGGUGCCACUCGCAUGGCCAGCACUUCUUCCUCCAGCUGUGCCCCACCUGUGUAGGACCGGAUGAAACCUUCUGCAGAAAGCUGUUGCUGCCGGAGGUGGAUGGACACGUCCUAUCGGGCUAGGGGUGCGCAGCCCGGUUGAGGAGCAGGUCGGCGAGCCCCAACUGGUUUAGGAUAGUAAUAAAGCUGCCCUUCAUCUACCAGCAGA